AGAGGAGAAAUGGCACAGCAAGGAGUUCAGAUUGAUGGCGACAAACUCAGCUGCGCGAUCUGUUUGGAUCUACUGAAGGAGCCGGUGACUCUUCCCUGUGGACACAGCUACUGCAUGAACUGUAUUCAAAGGCACUUUGAUGAAGAGGAUCAGAAACACAUCCACAGCUGCCCUCAGUGCAGACAGACCUUCAUACCGAGGCCUGCUCUGAAGAAAAGCACCAUGUUGGCAGAUUUAGUGGAGGAGCUGAAGAAGACUGGACUCCAAGCUGCUCCUGCUGAUCACUGCUAUGCUGGACCUAAAGAUGUGGCCUGUGAUGUCUGCACUGGGAGGAAGCUGAAAGCCACCAAGUCCUGUCUGCACUGUGUGGUCUCUUACUGUGAGCAGCACCUCCAGCCUCAUCAUACUGUAGCUGCAUUAAAGAAACACAAACUGGUCGAUCCGUCCCAGAACCUCCAGGAGAUCGUCUGCCCUCGCCACAAUGAGGUGAUGAAGAUCUUCUGCCGCACUGAUCAGAAGUGUAUCUGUUAUCUGUGCCCCAUAGAUGAACAUAAAGGCCAUGAAACAGUCCCAGCUUCAGAAGAAAGGACUGAAAGGCAGAGAGAGCUCAACCCAUGUCGUGGAAAAAUUCAGGAGAGAAUUCAGGAGAGAGAAAAGGAUGUGAAUGGGAUUCAGCAGGAGGUGGAAGCCAUUAAUCACUCUGCUGAUAAAGCUGUGAGGCACACUGAGAAGCUCUUUAAUGAGCUGAUCCUCCUCAUCCAGAAGAGAUGCUCUGAUAUCAAGCAGCAGAUCAGAACCCAGCAGGAAACUGAAGUGAAUCGAGCCAAAGAGCUUGUGGAAGAGCUGGAGGAGGAAGUCACUCAACUGAACAGAAAAGACGUGGAACUGGAGAAGCUCUCUCACACAGAGGAUCACACCCAGUUUCUGAACAUGUUUCCAUCGCUCACAGAUCUCAGUGAAUCUUCCGAAUCACGAUGCCCCACACCCCGUCCUCUGCGUUACUUUAAUGAAACGGAAGCUGCUGUAUCAGAGAUGAAUGAUAUACUGCAGAGCAUUCUCCAGAAGGGAUGGAAAAAAGUCUCACAGAAAGUGACUGAUGUCGACGUGCUGCUGCCACAACCAGAGCCCAAAACCAGAGCUGAAUUCUUACAGUUUUCAAAGCAGCUCACACUGGAUCCAAACACUGCAAACGUGCAUCUGUUAAUGUCUGAAGACAGAAGAGGAGUGAAAUAUGUGAGUAGAAAGCAGGCGUAUCCUCGUCACCCUGAGAGGUUCAUGAAGAGGUCUCAGGUCCUGAGCAGAGAACGUCUGACCGGACGGCGGUACUGGGAGGUGGAGUGGAGCGGGUAUGGUAUUUAUGUAGCAGUCGCGUACAAAAGCAUCAUGAGAACAGGGGAUGAAAGUGAAUUUGGGAAUAAUGAUAAGUCUUGGGCAUUAAGGUGUUCUUCCGGUCAAUUUGAAUUCACUCAUAAAAAAAAAUGUGAAUGGCUACCAGGCCAUCAGUCCUCCAGGAUAGGAGUGUACCUGGACCACAGAGCAGGUACUCUGUCCUUCUACGGCGUCUCUAACACCAUGAGUCUCCUCCACAGAGUCCAGACCACAUUCACUGAGCCGCUCUACGCCGGACUGAGAGCUUAUAAUUUCUUAGGUGCAGACUCCUCUGCUGUGUUUAGUGAGCUGCAGCUUCCAGAAGCUCUGACAGAAUGA